CUAGUUUUUGUAUCUCUCUUCUUCUUCAACCUUCACAUUUGCAUUGAAGUAUAUACCUAAUGGCAAAGCAAUCUGCUUUGGAUCUCGUCUUCAAUGUGAGGAGACAAAAGCCGGAGCUUAUAUCUCCGGCAAAGCCCACUCCUCAUGAGGUCAAGUUUCUAUCUAUAAUUGAUAGCCAAGAAUUCUUACGAAUCCAAAUUCCAGUCAUACAUUUCUAUCAUCAUAAGCCUUCUAUGGCUGGAAAAGACCCCGUCAAAGUCAUUAGAGAUGCUCUAGCUAAUGCUCUUGUAUUUUACUAUCCAUUUGCAGGAAGACUUAGGGAAGGUGAAGGUCACAAACUCAUAGUGGAAUGUAAUGGAGAAGGAGCGAUGUUCAUUGAAGCUGACGCUGAUAUCACUCUUCAACAAUUUGGUGAUGAUCUUCAACCUCCCUUUCCAUGUUUCGAUGAGCUACUUUACUCUCCUCCUGGUUCCGAAAAAAUCCUUCACUGUCCCAUCUUGCUUAUACAGGUGACACGAAUUAAGUGUGGAGGUUUCAUCUUUGGGGUUCGCAUGAAUCACAGUAUAUGCGAUGGAUCUGGUAUUCUCCAAUUCAUGAAUGCUCUCGCCGACAUAGCAAAUGGUGCAAAUGAGCCUUUGGUUCUACCUGUAUGGCAUAGAGAACAUCCAAAUGCAAGAGACCCACCAAAUGUUACAUGCAUGCAUCAUGAGUACGAUGAAGUGAUCGAUACCAUGAUCUCUUCAACAAGCAUAGUUCAUCGCUCUUUUUUCUUCGGACCAACUGAGGUCUCUUCCCUUCGUAGAUUACUCCCUGACCACAUAAGACAAUGCUCCUCAUCAUCGGAGGUUAUCACGGCAUGUCUCUGGCGUUGUAGAACAAAAGCUUUACAGCUGGACCCACACAAAGAGGUUCGCGUCAAGAUUUUCGUCAACGCACGUUUCAGACAUAAUGGAUUAAACCCUCCAUUACCAAAAGGUUAUUAUGGCAAUGCUAUUGCGUUUCCAGCUGCAAUUUCAACUGCUAGUAAGCUUUGCGAGAGUCCCUUAGGGUAUGCUUUGGAGUUAGUGAGGAAAGCAAUAGCAGAAGUGAAUGGUGAGUAUAUUCACUCCGUGGCUGAUCUGAUAGGUACUAAAGGACCAACAGGUUCUGGGACUAUGCUAUCAUGUAUGGUGUCAGAUUUGAGCAGUCUUAGAUUUAGAAAUGUUGAUUUUGGUUGGGGUAAGGCAGCGUAUGCCGGUCCUGCAAAGAGUGGAUUUGAUACAUUUCAAGGACAAAUUUUUUAUGUUGGACAUGCCAAUAGUAAAGGAGAGGAAGGUAGGUUGGUGCCUGUUUGCUUGCCACCUGAAUGCAUGGAGAGAUUUGCAAAAGAGUUGGAUCUCUUGCUUAAUGGUGUUCAAUGGCAGAUCCAAGAAUCAACAAGUGUAAGGUCUAAAAUCUAAUAUUAAUCAAUUUAGGGUGGUUCCAAUAAUAUUUAAUUUCCAAAUAUUACCCAAAAAAAUUAAGAAGUUUGAAGCGUUUUCCCCUUCUCUGUGGGGUGGGGAAAGUUUGUGAUGUAUACGUAUAUUUUUUAAGUGUUUGAAGUGUAGGGCAUGGUUAUGUUGGGCGAAAAUGUCAUGUGAAUUAUAUUUUCUGU